AUGACCUGGGUUGAGUCAGUUGCGUAUGGGAGAGAGAGUGCUGAGUCCAGAGUCAGAGAGAUGGAGGACCGACUGGGCGAGCUACAGGAGGAGCUGAGGACCGAGAACGGCAACAAGACGGACCUGGUGACUUGUCAAGCGUCUCUGUUGGAGGUGUCCAUGUUGAAGCAGAAGCUGGAGGAUUCUCUGAGACAGAGAGAGAGGGAGCUGACGGCCCUGAAGGGAGCUCUGAAGGACGAGGUGGCCACGCACGACAAAGACAUGGAGACAUUUCGAGAACAGUACAGCACUGACAUGGAGAGACUGAGGAGUACCGUGGAGCAGGUCUCACAGUCUCAGGCGGGUAUCGAGUCAGAGCGGUUGCGUGUGAAUGCGUCGGUGCGUACUCUACAGCAGCAGCUGGAAGACUGCAGGGACGAGAGUGGCCACUGGAUGACGCAGUUCCACAAUACUAGAGAUGAACUACGGACCACCAAACAGGAGAUGCUGCAGGCUCGUCUGGAGAAAGAGGAGCUUGAGGAAGAACUGAAUGAAGUACAGGAGAGGGUCAACACCAUGAAACAGCAGAUACCAGACCCCAGUCAUACACACACACUCAACCAGGAGCUGCAGAGUUUGCGUGCCGAUCUGCAGCAGGCCCAAUCAGAGGCAGAGAAGAAAAGGGCGGAGCUCGAUAAAAAGGUCAUGGAGGUAAUCUCCCUGAAGAAGGCCAACCAGGAGCAGGAGGCGGAGCUCAAGUAUGAGAUGGACAGGCUGAGGCAAUCAAAUCGAGCCAAAGAGGAUCUGGCCAAGGCCCAGGAGAGAACCAAACAGCUCCCUGACCUAUCGGUCGUGUCUGGCCUGCAGUCAGAGUUGACUGAUGCUCGUGGGGAGAGAGACCGACUGGGAGAGAAACUCUCCAGCACUGAGCAGGAGCUGCAGUCAAACACAGAGCGGCUGGCCAGAACCCAGACAGAACUAAACGCUCUCAGAGACUCACAGCAGGAGCAGGAGGCAGCUAACACACGCCUCCGAGAGAAACUCUCACGCCUGGAGUCUCAGCUGGCUUCCAGUGCAUCAGAGAGUUCGGAGGCAGAGCUGUCCCUCCAGGCGGAGUUGAGGGAGCUGAGGCAGGAGCUUGAUGAGGCCAGGAGAGGAGCCUCUCGGCUGGGCCAGGACCACCGGCAGCUCAGCCUGCGUCUGGAGGACAGGGAGAAGGAGAGGGACCAGCUCACACAGACCAACACACAGCUGGAGGAACAGAGGAGACAGCAGGAGCGGUCCCUGGACAAACUCAAUAAGGAGUUUGAGUCUCUGUCCCAGUCGUCUGGUGAGGAGGUGCAGGUUCUCAGGCCCAGCUGGAGGAACAGAGAGAGAUCUCGCAGUGAGACACAGGAGGCCCAGAGGCAGGGCAAUGACACACUGGUAGAACUGGAGAGGAGCCAGACCUCCCUCAAGAGACUGGAAGAGGAGGUGUCCCGUCAGAAGAAGGAGCUGCUCUCUGUGGUUGAGGAGCGAGACAAUGUUCAGCUGGACAAGGAGCUGCUCACCAACCGCCUGCACCACCUAGAGGCUGAACUGGAGAACAGCAGGAGCAGCCUCACAGACAAGAGCAGGGAUCUCCGCAGCACGGAGGACAAGGUGAAACGACUGGAGCUGGAGCUGGAGGAGGAGAAGGGAUCUGUGGAGCUACUCACUGACAGAGUCACCAGGACCAGAGACCAGAUGGAGCAGCUGCGUUCAGAGCUGAUGCAGGAGAGAUCCUCCAGACAGGACCUGGAGCUGGACAAGAAUGCCCUAGAAAGACAUUUGAAGGAGUUGAAGACCAGAGUAUCUGAUAUGGAGGGUCAGUCUCGCUCCUCUGUAGGAGUGGCUCAGCUGGAGAGUAAAGUUCACGAGUUGGAGGAACGCCUCCACAGCGAGGAUAGGGAGAAGAACUCCAUGUUGUCGUCUCAGCGUCGCCUGGAGAAGAAACUGAAGGAGCUCAACUUUACCCUGGAGGAAGAGAGACACCAACACACAGAACAGAGAGACCAGCUGUCUCUGCGUGUGAAGGCUCUGAAGAGACAGGUGGAUGAGGGGGAGACCGAGGUAGAGAGGAUGGAGGGAUUGAGGAGGAAGUCCCAGAGAGAGAUGGAGGAACAGAUGGAACUAAAGGAGGCCUU